ACCAGAUCUGGCCCUCCUGACCUCCUCCCUCCCCUUCCUGCCCCUCACCAGCCAGCCUCUUGUCAAGUGAUCAGGCUGUCAACUAGCUUCUCUAGGCUAAGGUUUCAGGUCAGCUGGAGCAUAUAAGACCGGUGCCAAGGCAGAGACAGCAGAAACAACAGUAAAUGGCAAGGAGGAGCCAUCAGAUCCCUGCUGCCACCUCCUGGGAUGGAGUCCUAGGGAGCCCAGGUUCUUCCCCUGCCCUGGCUGGACUCACAGCCUCCCCACUGUACUGAAGUCUGGGUGCAGAGCAGUCUCUCUCCUUGGCCUCCUCUGGGCCCUGAAGGAACCCUGGAGAGCCUUCUGGGACCAUGGUGGGCCUGAAGCCUUCAGAGGUACCUCCCACGACCGCUGUGAAAUUCCUGGGGGCGGGCACAGCAGGCUGUUUUGCCGACCUCCUCACCUUUCCACUGGACACAGCCAAGGUCCGCCUGCAGAUCCAGGGGGAGAAUCAGGCGGCCCAGGCAGCCCGGCAAGUGCGAUACCAUGGCGUGCUGGGCACCAUCUUGACCAUGGUGCGCACCGAGGGCCCCCGCAGCCCCUACAAUGGGCUGGUCGCCGGCCUGCAGCGCCAGAUGAGUUUCGCUUCCAUCCGCAUUGGCCUCUACGACUCCGUCAAGCAGUUCUACACCCCCAAGGGGGCGGACCACACCAGCAUCACUACCCGGAUUUUGGCCGGCUGCACCACGGGGGCCAUGGCGGUAACCUGUGCCCAGCCCACGGAUGUGGUGAAGGUUCGAUUUCAGGCCAGCGUGCACCUCGGGCCUGGGAGUGACCGGAAAUACAGCGGGACUAUGGAUGCCUACAGAACCAUCGCCAGGGAAGAAGGGGUCAGGGGCCUGUGGAAAGGAACUUUGCCCAACAUCACAAGGAAUGCCAUCGUCAACUGUGCCGAGAUGGUGACCUAUGACAUCAUCAAAGAGAAGCUGCUGGACCAUCACCUGCUCACUGACAACUUCCCCUGCCACUUUGUCUCUGCCUUUGGAGCCGGCUUCUGUGCCACAGUGGUGGCCUCCCCAGUGGAUGUGGUGAAGACCCGGUAUAUGAACUCCCCCUCAGGCUGGUAUCGCAGCCCCCUGGACUGUAUGCUGAAGAUGGUGGCCCAGGAGGGCCCUUCCGCCUUCUACAAGGGAUUUACACCCUCCUUUUUGCGUCUGGGAACCUGGAAUGUGAUGAUGUUCGUAACCUAUGAGCAGCUGCAACGGGCCUUGAUGAAAGUCCAGAUGUUACGGGAAUCUCGGUUUUGAACAAGACAAGAGGGCCACUAGUACUUAACGUGUACAAAACCAGUUAAGAAUGGAAUAAA